CGGAUCGCAGCACGCAUGCGCUCUCGGUCGUUGCCCCUCGGCCGCUGGAGGCGCUGUCUGGCGCCCGUGCGGGGCUGGAUGAGGCGGGGGCGGUCCGCGAGCGUGAUGGCGGCUGCGGCAGCGGCCGGGGGAGGUGGGGAGCGGAGCAGCACCCGGGAACGGCUGCUGGCGGCGCUGGAGGAUCUCGAACUCCUGGCCAGGGAACUAAUUGAAAUUUUGGCAAUUUCAAGAAACCAGAAGCUUCCACAACCAGGAGAAGAGAGCCAGAUCCUGGAGCUGCUGAUUCAGAGAGAUGGAGAGUUUCAAGAGCUAAUGAAGUUGGCAGUUGAUCAGGGGAAAAUCCAUCAUGAAAUGCAGCUUUUAGAAAAGGUAGUAGAAAAGAGAGAUAAUGACAUUCAGCAGCUGCAGAAGCAACUGAAAGAAGCAGAGCACAUACUGGCCACAGCUGUUUAUCAAGCAAAGGAAAAACUGAAAUCAAUUGAAAAGGCAAGGAAAGGUGCCAUUUCAUCUGAAGAAAUAAUUAAAUAUGCCCACAGGAUCAGUGCUAGUAAUGCUGUUUGUGCCCCUCUGACGUGGGUACCAGGGGACCCACGCAGGCCAUAUCCUACAGAUCUAGAAAUGAGGAGUGGUCUCCUGGGUCAGAUGAACAACCCAUCCACUAAUGGGGUUAAUGGACACUUACCUGGGGAUGCACUUGCAGCAGGCAGAUUGCCAGAUGUGCUUGCUCCUCAGUAUCCUUGGCAAUCAAGUGAUAUGUCAAUGAACAUGCUACCUCCUAAUCAUAGUAAUGACUUCAUGUUGGAGCCUCCGGGACACAAUAAAGAGAAUGAAGAUGAUGUGGAAGUGAUGUCAACAGACUCCUCAAGCAGCAGCAGUGACUCAGACUAGGUACAGGAGGGACGGUAUCCCCUAGUAGACCUUUCCUGUGGUGAAGAUGUUCAACUGAAAUGACUGGGAGCUUUCUGCUGGAUGAGAGAUGUCAGAUUUCCAGUGCUGAUGUAAAUGUGUGAAUGUGUAUGUUUGCAAGAGAUGCGUGCAUUUGUAUACAUAUAUAUAUAUAUAUACACUAUACAUAUUAGAUGACAACGUUCCUGGGACAAAAGGUGUAAGGGGAAUCCCCUUGUAUGUAUGCUGGUAACUUGACUCUUUUGAAGACAGUCUUUUCUAUGGCACAGAAAUAAGGCAUAAGAUUUGUAAUUUUAAUACCUUUUUUGUUACUGCUGAAAUGCAUGUUGUUAUCACCUAGUGUGUUCUGAGAACAAAACCAUGGCAAUAAGGUGUUUAAAAAAAAAAGUUUGUAAUUAUUGUAAUAUAUAAUAAACCUUUGCAACUUUGCUACACUUUGCAAACAUAA